AAAAGAGGGAGGGGGUAAGAGAGAGUGACAAAAAAGGCAGUCACAGCUUCAGCUCCAGACCACCCUCUCUCCUCCUCCUCCUCCUCCUCCUCCUCCUCCUCCUCUCCUCCUCUUCUCUUUCUAGCUCCACAUCCAUGUGUGAGUUCAUCGCAGAUUUCACUGUCUUUUGAGGAUAGAGCAGAGGACAGCGUGUGUUUUCCAGGAUACAGCCAAGCUCCCGGUGGGAUCAGAGUCUCGUCUGGUGCGAUAGAGAGAGAGAGAGGAAGAACGAAACAGGGAAACGGAUACACAGGAAGAGAGAAGAGAGAGAGAGAGAGACUGGAAAGCAAAUUGAAGGGGCAUGUUCAGGGCAGCAGAGAAGAAGAGUGAGUCUGAUUUUUAGAGCGGAGAGCGCAAGGAACCGGCAACCAAAUCCCAUCCAUUCCUUCUUUCCUUCUCCUCCUCAUCCUCUUCUACCUCCCUCUCCUUUUACCCUCUCUCUGUCCUGCUAUUAAAUUUCCCCUAUUGUUUCCUCUAUUGCCUCCUACUCUCCUUUCAUAUCUUUCUUUCCUCACCCUCCACCUCCUUCUCCCCAAACCCGUUUUCUGCUGCUUCCAGAUUCUCUCCGUCUCUUUUUCCAGACCCACGGGAAGAAUGGUUUUGUGAGGUUCCCUGUGAGCUCCCAGACAAGUAGACAGACUAACAUCCCAAAUACUAUCUGUCCUUCUAUCCCUCCGUUCUUCUGUGCGUUUAUCACACAAACCUCAGUAGGAGGAGAGCAUUCUCUCUCUGCAUCUUCGACUCUUGGAAACAGUUGUUUGAAGGAUCCAGGCCAGGCCCUUGGAGUGAUUGUACCCCACCUGCGAGCUUCUAUCUCCAGCCUCCAGGACCUUCAAUUGGAUUCCAGCUACAUGGGAAAACGUUUGGAGCAGCAGCCAAUGUACCCCCACUACACCUACUACUACCCCCACUAUCUCCAGACCAAGCAGUCCUAUGCUCCUCCCCCUCCACCCAUGGCUCCACCCAGCCCCAGCACCACAGGAGGAGGAGGUGGAGGUGGAGGAGGAGGUCAGGGAGGAGGGCUAGUGGAGCAGCUCAGUAAGACCAACCUGUACAUCAGAGGCUUGCCGCCGGCCACUACUGACCAGGACCUCAUCAAACUCUGCCAGCCAUAUGGGAAGAUUGUGUCAACAAAGGCCAUCCUGGACAAGAACACCAAUCAAUGCAAAGGCUAUGGCUUUGUGGACUUUGACAGCCCUGCAGCAGCCCAGAAGGCUGUGGCCUCGCUCAAAGCCAGCGGAGUCCAGGCACAGAUGGCGAAGCAACAGGAGCAGGACCCCACCAAUCUUUACAUCUCCAACCUACCGGUGUCCAUGGACGAGCAGGAGCUGGAGAACAUGCUGAAGCCCUUUGGUCACGUCAUUUCCACACGGAUACUGAGGGACGCCAACGGCCUGAGCCGAGGAGUCGGCUUUGCAAGGAUGGAGUCAACAGAGAAGUGUGAUGUGGUGAUCCAAAAUUUCAAUGGGAAGUUCUUGAAAACCCCUCCAGGCAUGACAGCCCCAGCAGAGCCUUUGCUGUGCAAGUUUGCUGAUGGAGGCCAGAAAAAGAGGCAGACCCAGGUCAAGUAUCCCCAGAAUGGCAGACCGUGGACACGGGAAGGAGAGAGUGGUAUGGCGUUGACGUAUGAUCCCACUGCGAUGCAGAACGGGUUUUACCCUUCGCCAUACAGCAUCUCCACCAAUCGGAUGAUUGCACAGACAUCAAUCACACCCUUCAUCGCCGCCUCUCCUGUCUCCACGUAUCAGGUUCAGAGUACAUCUUGGAUGCCACAUCAACAGUAUGUUAUGCAACCCACAGGUGCUGUCAUCACCCCAGCCGCGGCCAUAGAGCCCAGUUUGUCUCUUCACCCCUCCAGUGUUAUGGCUCCUCUCACCCAGCAGAUGAACCACCUGUCUCUGGGCACUACAGGCACUUACAUGCCUGCUGCAGCAGCUGCUCCUAUGCAAGGAACCUACAUUCCCCAGUACACUGCAGUGCCUGCCUCUGCCAUCACAGUGGAAGGCGUGGUGACAGACCCAUCUCCACAGUCAGCUGCCCCCUCCUCGCAGGAUGCCAGCGGACAGCAGCCUUUAUCAGUGGAGAGUACAGGAGAUCAUGCCACAGCCUACUCUUACCAGCAAACUAAAUAACAAGAUUGGUAGGAUUCAUUGCUGCAUUGCCUUUAGAAGGACUGCACUGAGGCCCUGGAGUCACAGAAUGAAUCAAAAUGAAACUGGGACAAAGAAAAAGAUAUGACAUGGACACCACUGAGGGGAGAAUGCUUCCACUGUGCACAGGCACCAAAUAAAAGACAAAAUAAAGAAAAAAAAUCAAUUAUAUUUCUUACCUGGUUGAACCAAGAAAAAGACUGAAGAAUAAAGAAAUGAUGGUUUGUUGAACUUGAGGACAAUGAAAUCAAACACAGUCCGCAACCUUGAGUUGAUAAUUUCUCACCGUGAGACUGGACUUUUGCCUCCAAAGGAAAAAGAGAAGACAUUGACUGAAAUCUAAACUCAACCAACAAGCUGUACAGAAAAAAGAACAUUUGAAUGUGCAGGUAGAUUUUCAGACUUUUUUAUUAAAAAAAAAAAGAAGGAAGCAAAGUCUAGAAAAAACAGGUUGUCUUCCUUUGAUAUUAAGCUACAUUAUUUUCAUUCUUUUUAUUAUUUGAGUAGUUUUCUAGAAUAUCAAUGUUUUCGUAAAUCUUUAUUGCCUUAAUUUUCUCAAACUUUGGGAAAAAUGUUUCCAUAGUGUUGAAUUAUUAAAAAAAAGACUGAGUGAUUGAAUGAUUUGAGAGGUUCUUAAAGUUUCCAGGAGCCUCGAAGACAAAAUCUACAAAGCUAUCUGUACAGGAUAAAAAAAAUAAGGUUGUAUUUGUAUGAAGAUGAUUUUAAAUUAUGUGGUGCAGUGCAGCUGGUGUUGGUUGACAGGAAAAAAAAAAUCUUCUGGAAAGGCUCAAUCCACUGCUCCCUGGAAAGUGCAGUUUAGUUUAAUCAUGGGAUAAAAGUUCUCUUUCUCCAUUGCAUUUGUAUUUUUUUGUUUUUUGGUCUUUUUACCUUCCAAAAGUUUUUGCCUUUGCCUGCUUUGCUUGUUUCACUGCAAAAAGAAAAGUAAAAAAUAAAAAAAACUCUGACUUUGACAAAAAGCAGAAAAAAAAAAAACGCUAGGAUUUUUAAAUGUGCAAAAAGCAAUAGUUUUAGUAAAACUGUUGACAGUUUCUUGAGUCUUUCUUAACUGUUGAACAAACGCAGCCUACAGAUGGCAUAUUUUAUACCAAAGAUGAAGAAACUAAGUAGUGAAGAGAUCUUCCUGAUGUUGCUUUCUCUUUAUUUUUUUCACCUCUGAAACAGAAUUUUUUUCUUGCUUUUCAUGCUCUUGGUCUGUGAAAUGAUUUUCUCAGAGACUGAGAACAUGCAGGAGGUUUUUAACACAAUUGCCUCAACCAGAAAAGUGUUCUCUGAGGUGUUUUGUAUGUCAUGUGAUCAAAUGUGGUGAUGAUCUAAAAUGGCUCUGUAACAUCUGUUGAGAGACCAGACACCUGGUGGUAUGGAGAUAUUGAAAGGGGAAGGUAUAUUAUUGGGAAUAAUUUGGUAUAGUAUAUUUUAGUGGUAAAGAGGCUGACAAGGCAUUAUAUCCUGUGGAAUAUUGGUGUGUACUAUUUAAACUGAAUUUUUUUUAAACUUUAAACUAAUACAGUUACCACACCAUCCUCAGGCUGCAUUGACCAAUCUUACACCCUAAAUGCAGACACUGAGCUGCUGUAACUCAUUAUGACGGCUCCCAAAAACACUCUAGAUUUAAUCAUUUUGAAAUUCAAAGUCUCAGUCCGCACAACAAACUGUUUUAAACCACUGUCUCGCCAAACGCUAGCCAUUUCAAAUGCGAGCAGGGCGAGGAUCUCUGUAAGAUGAAAGGGCAUUUCUGUUGAACAAAACAUUUCAGCUUAUGUAUAUUCUCCUAAAACGACAAGGAGAUAUUUUUCCUUUGUGUUGCCUUUUUUUUUUUUUUUGUCUUUUUGAGAACUGAUUAUGAUAUGUGAGCUGCUAAACUUCUCAGUGUUGGGGAUUGGAAUUGUCUUGUGUCGUGUGGGUGUGGAAGAGGUGCGGCCCCAGGAAGCCAGUAACCGACCACUUUACGCAGGGAUAAAGACGAUCAUUUGUACUGAAUAAAGGUGCAUCGGUUAAGAACAAAAAGCAAAAAAAGAAAACAGUACAGCGACUUCAGCUGCCUGAUGCCAGCUUUGAGGUCACAUCCUCAAAGCCCCACCCACCUGACUCUCCACCAAUGAAAGGAAGCUAAUGGAAGCAGAGGAACAGAAGUAAAAAGUAAAAGUUUCAACCAAAAUCAAGCAGAUACAAACCUCUAUUGGAAAGUAAAUUAUUGAAAGAUGAGAGAGAGAGAGAGUAAAAAACGAGAGAAAACGAGAACAAAAUUAAUAUUUAUGAAAUCUUUUUUGUACAGGUGUGUAAAAGAAGAUGCAACAGAAAUAACUUUGAUGAUGCUAUUUUUUUAUUUGCUUGGUCACAUGCCUCCCAUGUCUUUCAAAUUGUGAUUCUGAGAGUGUCUGUAGAACCAGUGGAUAUUGCUGUAGUUCCAAA